UAGAGUCAGAAAACCAUAUAUUCUUUAUAGUAUCUUCAAUAUUUAAGAUAUCUGAAUAUACCCAAGAUAAAACUUACAAAGUUUAAUUGUUUUUUUUAAUCACUGAGAAAAGGAAAAAGGAGAAAGAUAUCAUCCAUUCAGAAUCAAGAGAUGGCAUUAUCAGAGAGUGAGUAUGGCAUGAAAGGAAGCAGCAUUAUAAAGGAAUGGAGUGGACAAGUCCAACCAGCUCUCAUCAUUUCCUUCAUUUUUCUCUGCUGCCUUGAGACCUGUCUAUGGAUCCGCAAUCUUGCUCUCAAGAAAAGGCUGCCAGGGCCCUUUGCAUGGCCACUAGUGGGCAAUGCCAUGCAACUAGGCCAAAUGCCUCACAUUACUUUCUCCAGGCUUGCAAAGAAGUAUGGAAAUGUCUACCAGAUCCGAUUGGGCUGCAAUGACAUAGUGGUGCUGAAUGGAUACACAGCUAUACGACAAGCUCUGAUACAACAUAGCAAAGAGUUUGCAGGAAGACCAAACUUCAUCUCCUUUCGAAUGAUAUCAGGUGGGAAAAGCAUGACGUUCAGCAAUUACAGCGAACAAUGGAAGGCACACAGGAGAGUAGCUCAGUCUACUUUAAGGGCAUUCUCAUCUUCUAACAGCCAGACCAAGAAGGCCUUUGAACAGCAUAUUGUGGCAGAGGCCAUGGACAUGGUUCAGAACUUUCUCAGGCUGAGUGCAGAUAGAUGUUAUUUCAAUCCGGCACAUGAAUUUACAGUCGCCGCUGCUAACGUCAUUUGUGCUCUCUGCUUUGGAAAACGUUAUGGGCAUGAUGACCCAGAGUUCAGGGCACUUCUGGGCCGGGUAGAUAAGUUUGGAGAGACAGUGGGUGCUGGGAGCCUAGUAGAUGUCAUGCCUUGGCUUCAGUCUUUCCCGAACCCGGUGCGAACAGUUUACCAAAAUUUCAAGACUAUCAAUCAUGAGUUCUUUGCUUAUGUGAAGGACAAAGUUGUUCAGCACAGAGACACAUAUGACCCAGAUGUAACACGAGAUAUGAGUGAUGCAAUCAUUAGUGUUAUUGAACAUGGAAAAAAUAACAUGUUAUCUAAAGAAUUUGUGGAGGGAACGGUGACAGAUCUCAUUGGGGCAGGGCAGGACACUGUAUCUACAGUCAUGCAGUGGAUGCUGCUGCUCUUAUUGAAGUAUCCAGCCAUGCAGACCAAGCUCCAGGAGCAGAUUGAUAAAGUUGUUGGUCGUGAUAGACUGCCCUCAAUGGAGGACAAGAUCAACCUGGUCUACCUGGAUGCUUUCAUUUAUGAGACCAUGCGCUACACAAGCUUUGUGCCUGUCACCAUCCCCCACUCCACCACCACAGACGUCACUAUUGAUGGCUUCCACAUCCCCAAAGAUACUGUGGUAUUUAUCAACCAGUGGUCUGUGAACCAUGACCCACAGAAGUGGCAGGACCCACACAUCUUCAACCCUUCAAGGUUCCUGGAUGAAAAUGGAGCGCUAAACAAGGACCUGACCAACAGUGUAAUGAUCUUCUCCACAGGUAAGAGGAGGUGUAUUGGUGACCAGAUUGCCAAGACAGAGAUCUUCUUGUUCUUAGCCAUUCUGCUUCAUCAGUGCACAUUCAAGAGUAACCCUUCUGAGACUCUCACUAUGGACUGCUCAUAUGGGUUAGUACUGAAGCCUGUCAAAUUUACAGUCACAGCCAAACUAAGAGGGAAACUCCUUGGCUUGGUGUCGCCGGCAUAAUUUAAAGAAUGAAUUGUCCACCUGGAUUUUAUGACUCAAAGCAAGCAAAGACAUUUUCAAAUAUUUUCAAAUAUAUUACAUUUAACAGUGGGUAUUAUUAAAGAAGCACUAAAUUCUGUUUAAUUCUGUAUAUUUAAUAUUUAAAAACUAUUCACUCUUUUUUUUUUGGCAAGGUGUAUCUUUUAUUAAUGGAAAAAAGUUCAUCAUAUAAUCUGGUAGUAAAAAGGAACUAUGGCAGUCUUCAUCUCUUCAUGAUUACAUGGUUAACAUUUUGUAUAACAUUUCAUAUUGUGUAUUCAUCAAACUGUGUCGAAAAAAUAUAAGCUAUAUUAAAAAAAAUCUUUCAGCAAGCAGUGCGUUAUUGUCAACAUCAUAUCACAUUAUCACCAUCAAAAUAUGUACUUAAGAAUUGUUGACUUGCAGAAAACUGCCUUGAUAGGUUGAGGUUCCUCUUUUGGUUUCUAUGAUUUGAAGAAAAUGCUGUAUAUGUGUAUGAUUUAAUCAGAUCUGUAUAAAGACUUGUAUAAAAUGAGGAUUAUGAGUAAUUAUAACUGAUGUAUUUCAGGUAUUUUAAAUAAUAAUUAUCUACCUUAAGUGUAAGGUCAUCUACUGUAUCCAGAAUAAAAGAAUAACUAGCUUGACAAUGUGUACAUAUUUAGAAAGUAAUAAACAUAAUCUAUUAAUUACCAUGCAGUAAGUGAGAUUUGCGUCAAAAGGAUACAUUAAACUGAAUACAUAUAUUUUUUGUAGCUCUCAUGGAAAGUGUCCACAAUAGAUCUUGGCCAAGUGGAUUUACUUACUCUUUUACCUCUAAAUCCUGUUUUUAUGGUUCACCUGUCAUUACAACCAACUCGCACUGGUUUCCAGGAAAUUACUCAUGAUGUAAAAUGUUUUUAAAGUGCUGUUGCAAGCAAUGCCAUUAAUUAUGAAUUGCAUGUAUUGAGAAAAUCAUUCAGCUGUUUUGAAUUCAAGGAAAUAAACUAUUUUGAAUGUCCAAGCAACCAGCCAUAUAAAUGAUGCAUUGUUGUUCCACUUUCUUUAUACUAAUUGAAAAUAAGCUAAUUGUAAUGUGAAUGAAAUAAAAGGAACAAUAUAAAACAA